UGCCGAUUUCCUGUUGUUACCAAGUAUGUAAAUGUGGUUCUAAGUCACUCGGGGAUCAGCGCUCAGCCAUUACAGUAUCUCGAGCUGAUGUCACGUGUUUCCUGUUUGAUCUUGGCUCUCAAUGCCUCUCAUCGUCUCUGGAGUCUGUGGACUGGCAGCGCAUGCACCUCGAAACAGGUCGGGUGUUAAGAUAGUGAAUUGAAUUUCUGGCUCAAACCCACCGAUCAGCACCGCGUUCAAGGCUCUGCAAGGCUACAUCUUCAAUCUAACACGUCGUCUCCUUUGGCUAUAUGGGAUCAUCGCCCCAACUCCUUAUCUUGUUUUCUGGUCUGCAAUAUACCCGCCCUUGUCCUCUCGCGCGGCUGCAGACGGCCGGGCUGACAUCGCCUCCGUGCUUGAAGCUAUGAUGAACUGUGAUGCUGCCGUGCGCGGUUGUCAAGCGCCGCGAGUCCGAGGACUGCACAUGCACCUGCGAGCGGGAAGAUCGUCUGGAGAGACUGUCUGUGGCAUGCGGCGUAUGUGUGUCUUGGGUUGCUUCCCGCUUAGGCCACCCUGCGAGCGGUUGGCUCGAUACGGUGUUAUCGGCGGCGGGCUGCUGCCAGUCGCCCGGGAUCCGUCUGCGGGAGCAAGAAUGAAACACGUUCCUGAGCUAGCUCUUUUCUCCUGCACUGUGUAUGCUGGAACACCCAGUGCCCACGGAUCAUUUCGAGACGCCGAGGUUUGGUAUUGGACCGGAAUGGGAACAUAUGGCUCCGGGGAGUCGUGCACAUGCCAUCGCGGACCCUCCGUCCAGUGUUUCCGAUGGUAUCCAGUGGCCCAUUGCAUCCGAAGCCGGAUCCAGCACAAUCUACAUGGCAGAGUACCGAUGAAUCACAGGCCUGGCCUCGAUAACGGAUUACUCUGCAUUGCACCAGUGCGAUGAAGGAUGGGUGAUCAAAGUUGGUAGCCGUCCCCAGUGCGACUAGGGCUCGAAUUGAAUUGGGGCGUGCUGAUGCUCUGCACAUGUCAAUUCCACGUACAUCUCUAUGGCACCGCACCUCUGCCAACUAGGCCGGGGUGAGAUUGAUGACACGAGAGGCUAUAAAAGGGCGCCAGCUUCAACGACUUGAGCCACCCUUCCUUCCUUCGGUCUCUCAGAUACUGCGUAUCUUUUUUUUCAAUCUUCGAUCUUUCGCCGCUUUCUUUUUCAAAACCACAUCCACUUUUAUUCUUCUUCCGAGCAGCAUGUACACCAAGUCGAUCUUCGUUUCUGCUCUGCUGGCCGCUUCGGCCGUUCCCACGUUUGCUGCACCCGUCCCGGCUGCUGCUGCCCCUGAACUGGAGCUCCGCGAUCUCGAGGCGCGGCUGUCGCUGCCCUCUGGGGCCUUGUCGGACAUCCUCAAGUCGUUCGGCAAAGGCGUCCUCAGCGGUGGUGCCAUCACCGGUCUCAUCGGCCUUCUGGAGGGAGCUGGCAGCUCCAGCUCCAGCAGCAGCACUCCGGCCACGUAAGUUUGAAUAUAUAUCCAUCGCUUGCCCACUUCUUAUUGAACGAUCCAGUCGUGAUCUGGAGGCACGGGCCGG